UUUUGAGAAAAAUUGGAGGGUUCGUCUGUUUCCAUGGUUUUGACUUGACCUCAGUGACGUUUUGUGACGCGCUCGUACUUCUUCCGGGUUAGUUUUCUCUCCGCUCUACGGCAUGUGUUUACAUGUGUAACUGAAAAUUGGAAAAUAAGAUGAGUUCUCAGAAAGGUAAUGUAUCUCGGUCGCGAGGCCAGAAGCAUCAAAACAGCUUUGCCUUCAAACCUGACAAGUACGGAGCGACUGUCCAAGUGAAGAAGGCAAAAUCAAAGAUACAUGAUGGACUCUGUCAACAUUGUAAAGGUGUUCUUGAGUGGAAAGUGAAGUACAACAAAUACAAGACACUGACACAGCCCAAGAAAUGUGUCAAGUGUUGUCAGAAGACGGUGAAGGAUGCGUAUCACAUCAUCUGUAAGCCCUGUUCUCUUCAGCUGGAGAUCUGCUGCAAGUGUGGGAAGAAAGAGGACAUCGUUAUUCCAGUCAACUCACAAGAGGACAAGACAGAGGAGGAAGAAGAAGAUGGUGAACAGAAGAAGAAAGAACGAAGGAAGAAGAACUUGGACGACUUGGACAGCGAUUGUGAUGAUGAUGACUUAAGCGACCUCGGAGAUGAUGAUGAUGAUGAUGAUGAUGAUGAUGAUGAUGAUGAUAAGGAAGACAGUAUUGACAGGGACUCAGAACCAAAGAAGAAACAGAAUAAGUCAGAUGUGCUCCCAGAUGUGUCCAGAGUCAACAUAACGGACUGAAGGCAGUGAGAGGGUCCUUGUUGUUCCACUUUUUUUAACAUGUAUACUAAACAAGUUUUCUACUCAAAGUACAGUAUCAGGUUUGAGAUGUAACUAUAUGUACAUUAAGUUAUGCAAAUUAAUAAAUGUUGCUGGUUUUGAUGCAGAACCUGGAA